AUGGACACUGCUGAAGCCUCUGCUGCCGCCUCGCCCGCGCGCCCCCGGAAGAAGCGGGCGACGGCGACCCGCAAGUCGCUCACCUGCGAGCACUGCAACCGGCCGUUUGCCCGCCUCGAGCAUCUCCAACGGCAUCUCCGCACCCAUACCAAGGAGAAGCCUUUUACCUGUGAGAUAUGCUUCAAGUCUUUUGCCCGGAGUGACCUGCUGGUCCGCCAUGAACGGCUGGUGCAUCCCGCAGAGGCGGCCGCCAGGGCAGACAAGCGGGCUUCUGCCUCCGCUGUGCUUCUGCCCAGCCCGAACCGCUUGCCGGCAGCCACUGCGGCAGCUCCAGUGGCAGCACCGGUGGCGGCGGCGGCAGCAGCGGCGGGGACGCCAGGUGCAGCGCCAGAGAUGCAGAUGAACCCUUCGUGGGGCUAUGAUCUGAACCUGCUCUCCCAUGCUGCCAGCCAUGUCGCCCUCGAGGGACAGGUCCAGGUCCAGGCCCACCAGCAUGACAGGAAGCCGGCGUCAGCGGUCUACGAGCGGCCCAUCUCAGAGAACUACGGCGUCGAGCCCUCCAUCCUCGACCUGGCCGACCUGGGAGACCCCGUACAGGACUUCACCACCUUUCUCGAGAGCGUGGGGCUCUCCUCGGACUGGGACUCUGGCCUCUUCAACUCCGUAGAGCCUGAACCGCUCUUGUCGAACCCCAUACCCCCCAGUUCAGCACCUCCUCCUGCUGCUGCUUCUUGCCUAGAUGUCAAGCAGCAGGCUUUCAGCUCUGGCCCCAGGUUCGCACAGGAGCCUGUGCCAACGGCCACGGCCACGACGACCGCGGACGAGGCCCCUUCGUUUUCAAACUUUGGUUCCAGGCUGCCCUCCCUCCAGCCAGAGGCUCAGGACUCCGAUGCUGGUCCCUCGGAGCAGCAGAACAGGCCGGCUUGGGACAUUUCCACCCAGGAACACCAGAUCUUCACCGCCAGACUGGAGGACUUUGCCCACGUCCUCUCCAAGGGGUUUGUGCGGCCGUCCAGACAUGCACUCUCCCGCUACAUGGCCGGCUACAUCAGCGGCCUCAACGAGCAUCUGCCCUUCAUCCACGUCCCCACCUUGUCCGUCGCCAGGUGCCCGCCAGAGCUGACCCUCGCCCUCGCCGCAGCAGGCUCUCACUACCGGUUCGAGAACUGCAGAGGUAUCGAGCUCUUCCACGCCGCAAAGGCCAUCCUGCUCGAGCGGCUUCGACGUCGGGAUUCCAGGCCCAUCCUCCCGCCCUCCCAUCCACAGCAAUGGGGUCUGGCACCGCCUGCCAACAACAACAGCGCCAGCACCCCUCGGGCUUCAUCCUCGGCCGUCUCCAACCCGGGAAGCAGCCCGUUCCCACAGCAGUUCAUCCCCCUGAUCGACAACACCUCGCUGCCGGGAGAGGACGCCGAGGGUCAGAUGGAGAUCAUACGCACCUUCUUGCUCCUUACCAUCUUCGCCUCCUGGGAGAGCCAUCCGGACAUACUGCGGGACAUGCUCGCCCUCCAGAGCACCCUCGCCCGUCUGGUACGGGACCACGGCCUCGUAGAGCAGCCGGCUUCCACCCCGCCAGAUUCGCUCUCCUGGACAGACUGGUCCAGACAGGAGGCUGACAGACGCACCAAGCUCGUUGUCUACUGCUUCUUCAACCUCCACUCCAUCAUGUACAAUAUUCCCCCUUUAAUCCUCAACUCCGAGCUGAACCUCAACAUGCCCUGUUCUGCCGAUGAAUGGAAGGCAUCCACCGCCAGCCAGUGGCGCCGUGUCCGCCGUCCCGCAUCGGAAAACAACCUCACCACCACCCCCCCAUCCUCCUUCCAGGACGUCCUCGCAAAGCUCUUCACAAAGACCACCGCCACUGCCGCAACACCUCCAUCCAACCAUGUAUCCCCCCUUGGCAACUACGUCCUCAUCCACGCCAUCAUUCAGCAGAUCUUCUUCGCCCGGCAACUCUGUCUCUCCGCCCCAUCCAUGGCCGGUACCAGCCUGCGCCCCGACGACCUCGCAGUAAUGGGCAACUCUCUCAGCGCCUGGAAACGCGGUUGGCGCCAAACCCCUGAAUCCAGCAUCGAUCCCCAAAACCCCGCUGGACCCAUAGCAUUCACUUCCACCGCCCUCCUCGGCCUCGCAUACAUACGCCUGCAUCUCGACCUCGGUCCCUGCCGCCGCCUAGUCUCCCAGGACCCCGUGCAAAUAGCCCAGGCCCUCAACGACUCCCCACCACUUAUCCGCAGUUCCCGCCUGAUCAUGGCACUCCUGCACUCCGCCCACGCUCUCUCCAUCCCCGUCCGUCUAGGCAUCGACUUCGUUGCCCGCACCCACUCCUUCUUCUGGUCCAUCCAGCAUUCAAUCUGUAGCCUGGAAUGCGCCUUCUUGCUUUCCCGCUGGCUGCUCUCCAUACCCGGCACACAGCAUGAUCAGCGCUUAUCAGACCACGAACGCAAACUGCUUCUCUGGGUCAAGGGCAUGAUGGACGAGACCGACAUGUCUACCUCUAUCAGUGCGACAACAGAGGCAGAUCUGAUCAGUGAUCCGGCGCUGAUGAGACGGCUUAGUGUUGCCGUCGUGCGUGUCUGGUCCAGGACCUUCAAAGGAAACACGAGCUGGCCUAUCGUCGACCUAAUCGGCGCCAGCCUGGAAAUCUACGCUGACUUACUCGAUAAUGGCGACGGCCAUACUGUGAUUCAUAAUUAA